AACGCUCCUCCUUCCAAACCCACGCCGACACCGAUGCCGAGAGCCGGGGUGUCCAGCAGCGAGAGUAGCCGCCGUGGCGCCGGUGCGUUCAGAACCCUCUCCGAAGAUCGCCGCAUCACCGUAUUCUGCUCCGACGGUCGCCUCUACCAAGUCGAUUACGCGUGGAACGCUACGAAGCUGGCGGGCGUCACCUCCGUCGGGGUGCGUGGGACCGACUCCGUAUGCGUCGUCGGCCAGCGGAGGGCGAACACGCACGCGCCCAAGGACAAAUUGCUGGACAUGACCAGCGUUUCGCGCCUGUUCCCGAUCACCGACCGGCUGGGGUUGCUCGCCACGGGGAUCGCAGGUGAGGGGAGAGCAUUGGCACAUGAGGCAAGGAAUCAAACUGCAGAAUUUCGUUUCAAUUGGGGAUAUGAAAUGCCUCCUGAUGUUUUGGCACAAUGGAUUGCAGACAGAGCACAGAUCUGGACCCAGUAUGUUUCCAAGAGACCUUCUGGAGUUGUUGCCAUGAUUCUGGGCAUUGAUGAUGAGAAAGGAACUCCACAACUCUUUACAUGUGAUCCUGCUGGGUAUUUUUUCGGUCACAAGGCAGCAAGUGCUGGCCAAAGAGAUACGGAGGCUGUCAACUUUCUUGAGAAGAAAAUGAAGAACAAUCCUUCACUACCAUUUCAGGAAACCAUUCAGAUGGCAAUAUCAGCAUUGCAGUUCGCCCUGAAGGCUGACCUCAAAGCCUCGGAAGUCGAGGUUGGGGUUGUCAGGACGGAUGAUCCAACUUUCAGAGUGCUGACAGAAGCUGAAAUCGAUGAGCAUCUGGAAGCCAUCAACCCAGAGCCGCGGCACUCUGAAAUGCUCCCCGGUUUAUUCCGGGAUAAACUGACAUUGGAGAACUGAAACCAUGGCGACCUCAGCUGCAUUUUGGGCACCGGAAAGUCAAAGCUUUCAUGUGGUUCUUUACGACGGCUCUAUGGACAUUGGAUUAGCGGUUUUUGGGCGGUUUUUUCGUUCCAGUGACUAGCGGUUUUCAGUGGAAAAACGGUUUGGUAAACCUACUGGGCACACACGACCGGCCAUCCGCCAAGUCAGGCGAGCCCCGCGCGGUCAGUGCUUGACGACGUGGUAUCACAGCCGCCGUCUACCGUCCCUCAGCGGACGGCCGGGCCAAUUCAUGCAUCACCGAGCAAUACCGAGCAAUACUGACAUCUAAAAUGUUCUUUAGCCGUACCAUAUCCAAGCAAUGACCAUAGCACUAGCUAUGAACGUGGU